AUGCCCCACGCGGGGGGCAAGGCCGCCCCGACGGCUGCUUCCACUGCACCGCCCCGAUGCCCCGCAUGGCGACACGUCGCGCCGGGGUCGUUGGGCCCCAGUCGCCAGGGGCGACGCUGUUCGGCGUCGGGAGGAUGGGCCGUCGGCGCCAGCGGUGAUCGAGAGGUCACGCUGCUGGAUUACGGGGCUGGAAAUGUUCGGAGCGUGCGGAAUGCGAUUCGAAGGCUGGGCUUCGAAGUUAAGGAUGUGCAGAAUGCUCAAGAUAUUGUAAAUGCGCAGCGGCUGAUCUUUCCAGGUGUUGGCAGCUUCGGGCAUGCGAUGGAUGUCAUCAGGGAAAGGGGCUAUGUGGAGCCACUGCGGGAGUACAUCGAGGCGAACCGGCCCUUCUAUGGCGUAUGCCUUGGGCUGCAGCUGCUGUUUGAAGGCAGUGAUGAGAAUGGUGGGUGUGAGGGCAUGGGGCUCAUCCCCGGGUGUAUCCAGAAGUUUGACACAGCGAUGGGCCUGCCGGUUCCACAGAUUGGUUGGAACAACCUGGACCAGCGGCGACCGUCACGCCUGCUGCAGGAUGUGGGAGACAGGAGGGUGUACUUUGUGCACUCAUACAGGGCUGUCGAGCAGCCAGGGAGCGAGGAAUGGGUGCUCGCCACAACAAACUAUGGGGAGGACUUCAUAUCUGUGGUUGGUCGUGGGGAGGUCUAUGCAAGCCAAUUCCACCCUGAGAAGAGUGGCACCACUGGGCUGGGCAUCCUCAAGGCUUUUCUCCAACCGGAGGGGGAUGUCUAUGAGGCAUCAACUGCCCCAAUGAAUGGCCACAUGCGGGGCCUGGCAAAGCGCGUGAUUGCUUGCCUGGAUGUGAGGGCCAAUGACAGUGGGGACCUUGUUGUCACCAAGGGUGACCAGUACGAUGUUCGGGAGAAGGAUGAGACCGCUGGGAGACCUGUAAGAAACCUUGGAAAGCCUGUUGACCUUGCAACAAGGUACUUCCAGGAAGGAGCAGAUGAGGUCACAUUUCUGAACAUCACAGGGUUUCGGGACUUCCCGCUUGCAGACCUCCCAAUGCUGGAUGUUGUGCAGCGUACAUCGGAGGGCGUUUUUGUGCCUCUGACCAUUGGCGGGGGCAUAAGGGGAUUCAAAGAUGCAACUGGAAAGGAGUACACUGCUCUGGAGGUGGCUUCUGCAUAUUUCAGAUCGGGAGCUGACAAGGUGUCCAUAGGGAGCGACGCUGUCUACAUAGUGGAGGACUACCUGAAGACCGGCAUCAUGCCUGAGGACAGCAGCAUACAACAAAUCUCAGAGGUGUAUGGUGCACAGGCCGUCGUCGUCUCGAUUGACCCCAAGAGGGUCUAUGUGGCGGACCCAGGGCAGUGUCCCCACAAGUGCUUCCCAACAGCCUUGCCUGGGCUCAGCGGUGAACAGUACUGCUGGUGGCAGUGCACAGUGAAGGGAGGCCGCGAGACACGGGAUGUGGGGGCAGUUGAGCUUGCCAAGGCCGUGGAGGAUCUGGGGGCUGGAGAGAUCUUGCUCAACUGCAUAGAUAGGGAUGGCACUGGCGAGGGCUUCGACCUCGAGCUCGUCGAGGCUGUGUCCAGUGCUGUCACGAUCCCAGUCAUCGCCAGCAGCGGCGCAGGCGUUCCGCAGCACUUCACAGAAGUCUUUGCCAAGACGAAGGCAGCAGCGGCGCUUGCCGCCGGAAUCUUCCAUCGAAAGGAGGUGGAAAUCCAGUCGGUGAAGGAAGACAUGGCUGGGAGCGGCAUCCCAACCAGGCUGUGA